AUGAACAUCCCUGUCAACGACAGUCAUCCAGCCAACAGCACAACUCUGGGUUCUGGACCCAUACUCUGGUACCAGUUCGAUGUGUGCAAAUCAGAGCCUUACGGUUUUGUGUUCUAUUUUUUUGUUAAGGUGUUGAACAUGGUAGUGGGAAUCCCCGCAAAUGUGAUGGUCAUGUGGCAUGUGACCAAGAAGAGGGCUGACCCGUCCACCUCCGACAUCUUCAUCUUCAACAUGGCGCUUCUUGAUGCCUUUUUUAGCUUAGUGACUCCCAUCGAGCUGGUGAACCGUCUCCUACUGGGUGAUGACCGGAUCUGGUACUUCCAACGAUUAGCGUACGGGAUCAAGGAUGUCACUCCUCUCUUCCUCACGUGUGUCUGCUUGGACCGCUACGUAGCUGUGGUCCAUCCGAUCGUCUUCAGUAGAGUCAAGGACAACAGAAUCAGAAUAGCUUUGUCUUCAUUUGUAUGGACCCUAAUCCUCGCCUAUGCCUUGUCAAAGUCCAUCGUGAACGACAAUACCAUCAAUGAAGUCUUUGCCGGACUGAUCCUGUCGGCUUUCAGCAUCAUGGUCUUCUGCAACAUCUCGAUCAUUUGGGUCCUGAGGCGCUCAGUGAUUGGAAAAGAGGAGAUGCACCCGACGAAGAAGAGAGCGUUCAGGAUGGUGAUGAUCGCCCUGGCCAUCAUCGUGGCCCUCUACCUGCCCCCUGUGGCGCUCUUCCCCUUCUCGAGGUUCUACAGCUUUGUUGCUUUCAACUGCAAGAUCAGCGUCGUCGUCUUCGCCAUCAUGGACCUUAGUUGCAGCAUCGAGCCUCUGCUGUACAUAUCCAAGAUGACGUUUUUGGACAUCCGUGGCUGUACAUGCUGCCAAAGUCUAAGCAAGAAUCCCGUUCACGUUACUUCCUGAUCCAGCCAAGACUCAACCAGGCACGUCCUGUCCAGUACAAGAACUUGUUUAUCCCACAUUAUCCACAGGAGCCAUCAAGUUUUCAGAUUUUUUCAUCCCAGGAGUAAUUUCCCACAUAAUAAUUAAGAUGUUAACAGAUAGCUAAUUAGGGCCGGCAGUUGAGACCCUGUGGGAUUAAUUAGGAGUCAGCAGAGCUGGAAUGUUCAGAUUCUCGGACA